AUGAGAAAACAUAAUGGAUAUGCCAAUAAAGGGAAAAGCGCCCUUAAAAUGCAUGUGGUUUUUCCACUGCUGUACGAACUGGAUGAUGAUGAGAAAAGAAAGGAGUUUCUCGAUGAUCUCUUCAGUUUCAUGCAAAAAAGAGGGACUCCAGUGAAUCGGAUUCCUAUCAUGGCCAAGCAGGUGUUGGAUCUCUACACUCUCUACAAGCUUGUCACCGAAAAAGGCGGCUUAGUGGAAGUCAUCAAUAAGAAAAUAUGGCGCGAGAUUACCAAAGGCCUGAACCUCCCUACCUCCAUCACCAGUGCGGCUUUCACCCUCCGAACACAGUAUAUGAAGUACCUCUAUCCUUAUGAAUGUGAAAAGCGGGGACUGAGCUCUCCCGGGGAGCUUCAGGCAGCUAUCGACAGCAACCGUCGCGAAGGCCGGAGACAGAGUUAUGGCUCCACCCUCUUUAACUACUCCCCCGUGGGCACCCCCACCCUGCUGGCUUCCCCAAAACUCCAGAUGCCCCACAUCAGCAUGCCCACUCCCAACGGCGGGCACAUGACCUCUGUUAUCAAGAAAGAGGACUCCCUGCUGUCCAGCUGCCUGACUAACAGGAUGGGCAUCCCUGUGUCUUUGGCCAGCCACCACAGUGCAGCUCAGGCGGCUGCGGCUCAGGCUGCAGCUGCAGCAGCUGUGCAGGCGGCUGCAUUGGAGCAGCUGCGGGAGAAGCUGGAGUCUGGAGAGCCACCGGAGAAGAAAGUGAUGCUCAUGGCAGAGGAGCAGCAGAGGAUAAUGCAACAUGCAUUACAGCAGAAUCUCUUCGCCAUGGCAACCCAGCUACCCAUGAACAUCAAACUGAACAAUAGAGAUGAUAGACAAGAGACUGCAUUGAACCUGUCUACCAACGGCAUUAGCAGCAUCAACAUGUCAAUAGAAAUAAAUGGGGUUGUCUACACAGGGGUCCUGUUUGCCCGUAAGCCAGCCAUAGGUUUCAUGCCAGGCAGCCAGCGAAUCCAUCACCAACACAGCUCUCGGGGAAAAAGCAGCAGCCCAGGGCUCAGCACCCAAAUGCAGCCGUCCUCCUCUUCUUCCUCCACCGCCUCCUCACACGGUCCAGCCACCUCCCCUUGAGCCCACAACACCUCACUCAACUCUCCCCCGACGUCAGACAAGGCAGGGUCUUUAGGUCAUUCUGCUGGACCAGUUUUUUUCUGUCUCCUUCAAUGUACAAUAUACACUUUCUACUGUUUUUCUAACCCUCCCCCUGCAAUCAGGACAGGAGCGUCCAUCACCGAAAAAAGUUCCAUUAAAACAAAAGGCUGAGCACCGACAGCUGAUAGCUGCACAUUUGAGAUGUGGUACAUUUACAAAUGCAGCAAGUUGCAGCUUGUGAUUUUCUUCUUCUGAGGAUGCGUUAUUCAGCGACUAAAACGUACUGUGUGACAAUGCCAUGAACACAAGGAGCGGUGUGACGCUCGAGAGGACAGGAUGUUCCUCAGAUUCUUCACUUUCCUACACUGAUCCUGAAGUUUUGGCAUCUUCAUCUUUACCUGUUGCAUUCUUGAAUCAAACAGCAAGAGCUACUAUCAGCUAUUAGUACCAAAGAGAAAAAGCGCAGCAUAUUAGCGGUUUAUUUGAUAGCGUUACAACAACUCGUGCAGAUUUUUAUCGCCACCAUCACACAUAUCCGAUGCCAUUGCAAAUGAUCAGAAAGUUACCAAAAUGAAUUAUCAAGCUGAUAUUUUAACAUCUUGAUUUUAAGCAAAGCACAUCCCAUUUAACUUGGGCAUCAAACAGUCAGGGAGAAAAAGUUAUUUACUGUAUUACUGCUUAAAUAUAUGUUUGUAAAGAAAAGAUAUCAUUAUAUCCAUCAGAGCAGUCAUCUACACAAUCUUUAAAAGACCGGGAGAAUCAUAAAUGCGAGAUCGGUCACGUUUAGCUUGAUAUGGAGGAAAGCAGACAGGAUUAUGUCUACUAUAUUCUCUCAUGCCUGGAAAUAUAUUCCAUUGAUUAGUGAGUUAUUUGGGGAACACUUGUCGACAGUGUUUAAUGAUUUUCCACCACCUCAGCUCAGCCCAUGUUUUAUAGCAAAGUGUUCAUUAAAUGGUUUAGUAGACGGAAAAACAGGUCACACUGCUUAAUACAGGUUUCAGAAGUCGAGGGUCAAAUGAUAUUUGACGUGUGACUGUGAGCUGGACGUUGAUCAUAAACAAAACGGUUGAAGUCUUCAACCAGAAAAGAGAGGCUCUUUAGAAGAAGAUUAUGUGCCGUGAUCGCGCUGAAUAUGGCUCAUCUUAGGCAUCAGUUCAUGUUGUGAAUAGAAUCCAGCUUUCAUUACGUUUUCAA